CCCGCCCGCCCUUUCUCUCCGCCGCGCCCGUGGGGAGCAGCCUCGGCCGCACGGCCCGCGGGACCCGCCCCGCUGCUCGCCAGGCACCUGCUCGGGGCGGAGCGGCGGCGGCCGGAGCAGCGGCGGGAGCGGCUCCGCAGGCGACACUGCAACAAUAGAGACUUUGGCGUGUCCCUUGCAGCUUCCGAUUGAUCCCUGCCUAGAAGACAGUCAAUGGAAAGCUUGGAGCUGCUCCUUAUCUAUUUGGGCAAAGUGAGAGAAAAGUGAGCUUCAAGAAACUCAUAAACACGUGACAGAAGAUGACAAGAUCUAGAUCAAGAUCACCACGAUGGAAACCAAGGUCCUUAUCUCCAGCAUUUAGGAGUCCAGAGCACCAUAGGCAAAGGCAUGCUCAUAUUAAUUAUGACUGUGAAUAUAAAAGCUUCCGUAAGGACCCAAAGAAACCCAUGCCUUGGAGAACAGAAGAUGAAAAAUAUGGACAAAGCAAUUCCAGGUUUGCACCUCAUGGAAAUAACCAUCAGAGAAUAUAUGAACGUAGGUCACCUUCACCAAACCUGAAAAGAAUUCCCAUGGAAGAUGCUUACAGUCAUAAGCCCUACAGAACACAUUCAUCUGAAAGAACUGAAAGCAAUAGGAGAUGCCAGUUACCACCAAAAUACUCGGAAAUAGCUUAUAAGGAGCAUGAUCGUCCAUUUUACCAACACAAAAUGGAGGACAGAUAUGUGUUUGAUCACUACAGAGUCACUGGAAACGAGAAAGGAAUGAAGCCUUUUCAUAGACCAUUAGGGUCUUCAUGUAAACUUGAAAGAAAAUGGCAUGAAGAUGAUUUGAGGCACCAGAGGUUACAUGAAGAGAAGUAUGGUCAGUCACCCAGAAGAGUUUCUGAUGAAUUUACGGCAAGGAGCUCUUUACAGAAGAGGUAUCCUGAAGAUCACGAUUACAGAGAAUAUGGGCACACGUCUAAAAGGGCUAAGGAAAUGGAGAGGUAUGACGGUGGAGAAGUAGCAAGAAAUUCCAAGUGGAAGCAAGAACGUUCUUUUCCACCCUACCAAGAAAAGGAGGAGCAAAGAUACCCGGGUGCCCAGUCCCACCGGUCGGCUGAAAGGGAGUACGUGGGGGGUUCUGUCACAAAGAUAGCCUAUGAGUACAGUCACAAACGGCGCAGGCAUCCGGAGGGGGAAAAGCCUUUUCCGGGCGAUAGAGCUCAGAAGUACGCGAAGCAGGAGGAGCAGAAAUACGGUUCUUCCAAAGGUGCCCGGAAUAGCAAAGAGUUAGAGUACUUUAGUGGUGGAAGAGCGAGGCGGACUGAAGAAGGACACGCCGAAGUACCUGUUAAAUAUAGCUCAAAGAAGGGCUGCGAUGCCUGUGUUAACUCUCCCAAAACGGAUGUUGAGCCGAGAUCUUUUAAAAACAAACCGAAUGAAAGAGUAAGGAAAGACGGGGAAUUGAGGAAAAACGUAGAUUCCUCCAAUAGCCAGCGUGAUUCAAGUCAUACUGUUUCAGAUGUGAAAGUGUCAGAUGUCAACUGUAUGAGGGAACAUCUCACAAUCAAAGUGGAUCUGAAGAAAAUGGUGACCAAGUACAGGACUACUUCCAGUCAUACUACAGAGAGACAGAUAUCCCACGAUCUGGCUGCUGUUGGUAGGAAAAAUGAGAAUUUUCAUCCCGUGUUUGAGCACAUGGAAUCUGUAACACAAAAUGUUGAAAAGGACCCAUCAAAAGAAUUUACUCAGGAAAUAAUCACAAUUAUUCAUCAAGUUAAAGCAAAUUAUUUUGCAUCUCCUGACAUUACUCUACAUGAACGGUUCUCAAAAAUUCAGGAUAAACCGAGUACAAAUACGAAUGAAGUGAAAAUACAUUUGGAUCCAGAAAUUCACAGGAGAAUUGACAUGUCUCUAGCAGAACUCCAGAACAAACGAACUCUGCCAUCUGAAUCUCCCCAGAGCAUUGUAAGAGUGUUAGAAGAUCCAAAUGAUCUACGGUAUGAUAUAGAAAGGAGAAGAAAAGAGAGGUUGAAGAAUGAAGAUGAGAGAGUCUUUCAUGUAGAUGGUGUAACGCCAAGGAACCAGCAAAGCUGCAGUCUUUCAAAGUUACAGACCUCUCAACUUGAUGUCUUCCAAAAGCCUAUGAGGUUCAUUAAGCCAGCUUUCAGGAAAUUUAUUGGGAGACCUCAUCUGAAUUCUUACUAUUCUUCAAAACCAAGUGAUGCUUACCCUCCCAGACGCAUUAGAGGAUACCUUGAAAACGCAGGACCCAUCAGAAGGCACUUUAAGAGCAACUCCGCAGAUGGCCGUUUGCAAUCCCAUUAUAAAUCAGGCUUAGUACAGAAGGGUUUAUAUAUUCAGGCUAAGUACCAGCGGUUACGUUCUGUUGGUGUAAGGGGAUUUGCCACUAAUAAAUUCAGAGAUGGAUUUUUGAGGAAAGAAAAGGCCUGAUGAGUUCAAGUAUGUUUAAGUAAAAUAAAUGCUGAAAAUAAGUCUGACAACCAUUUUCCUAACAGCAUAAUGGUUGCUGGUUGGCUAAUUCUUAAAAACCAAAGCUGUUCCUCAAACUCUAGCAUUUUGCCCAUUUUAACAAUUAAACUUGUCAAAAUUUGUUAAACUGGCCUGAACGUCUUUAUUUCACUUUACUUCAUUUGAAAUAAUAAUACUUAUGCAUCGUUUAGCGUACAGUCUUUACAAUUGUGCUGUUUAAAUCCAUAAUUGAAAAAAUUUUGCAUGUUACAGACCAUAAUACAGUACUUAUGAAAGUUGAGAGGGUUUUUCUGCUGUUACAAAUCGAGAGUAAUUAUUUUUUUUCUCUGUAGGGAAAUCUAAAUAUUGCAGCAGAAACCUGAACUGAACUGUGAUCCUGAAGUUGAAACAGAUAACACAGCAAAGGGAGCAUCUGUUCAUUUUUUGACAACUUUGUCAAGACUUAUAAUAGGAUAAAGGAACUAACACUGUAACUUUCUUGAUUAAAAAUAACUUUAUUUUGAAUGCUGCGGAACUUUUUUACAGUUUUAAUAAUUGCUUUUAAAGUACAGUGUUCAACUGAAACAUCAUAGUGUGUACCUUUUAGUUCCUUUUGCAUACCAGUCUCAAGUAAGGAAGUCACUGAAGGGAGUCUUAUUUAUUAAAUACUUCUUCUCUCAGCAUGUUGUUACAGGUGGAACUUGAGUUGUUAUACCCAGAGGUUUAUAUGUUGAAAGUUUAUUGCUUAUGUAAUAAUAAAAAGGAAAAAAAAAAGUGCCUGAAUUGUUUGGUAAUAGCACAUUAGCUCAGGAUUUUCCAAGUAAUGACCUUUUAGGUUGUGCAAUAGAUUUUACACCUCUGUUCAGUCAUUUCCAUAAAACAGUAUUUUGUAUUACUUUAGUUUAAUAAUAUACUUGGGUUUCUGAUAUGUAUGUACAUUUGUAAAUUGUUAGAAUGUUGGGACAACUUUCAGCGUUUGAUUAAAAUGAAUGGGAACGGGCAGGUAUGUAAAGUAAUGUAGCAGUAGCUUUUAACUGCACUGAAAGCAUGCUUGGGUUUGUUAGAGGAUUAGUUGUUCUGUACUCAAAAUUAUUCUGUCCCAUUAUAUUUUGGUGUAUGAGAUUCUUGACCGAGCCACAUUUCUCUAAUGUUUUUUUGUCAUAAUUGAUUUGGUGAUUUUCUGGAUUCUGAAAUUGGGGUCUGAAGUAUUUAAUUACAAGAAAAACAAAAAAUGUAAGUUUUUGAAAGCAUGUCUUCUAGCAGAGCUGUUCAUAAUUGAAACUGCUUUAAAUGCAGAUAGCUUGUAAUUUUGUUCAAAUGCCAGUGAUUCUCUGAAGUUUACCUUACUGCAAUAUUGUUGGGCUGAGCACAAAACCAAAUAGCCAGACCUGUUUCAUAAGCAGCUAUAAACAAUAUUGUAUCUGUUUCCAGUUUAUAGCCUUUGCCUUAAUGCAUAAGCUAUGAUAGGGUUGUGUUGGCUGUAUUACAGGUUUGUUUGGACUUUUUGCUGAUGGUAAAUUAAAGAUUCAUAAAAAUGUAGUUUGAAGAGAUGUUCUUAAGAAGGAAGUUGUUCACAAUAUCCAUAAUACAUGCAGGCUAAUGUAUUUCCAUAAUUUCCAAGAUGUGUUAGCUAUAUAGAAUGCAGGCUAGUCUCUGUUGUGGCUAGUAGAUCAGAAUUCAAAUAAUGGGUUAGAGGUAUGUUCAGGGGACAGGAAACUUUUCUUUUUGGGUGGAAAGUCAGGAUGUGAUUUCUGCAUGCUUUUUUUGUAACGUUUUUUUCCACAAUACCUUCAGUAGAGAGACUAUUUGAAAAUGUGGUUAUGGCUCAGAACAACUAAAAUAGCGUCACGUAAGAUCUUCAGUUCACGGGGUGCACUGCUUAGCGUUUCAUAGGGAAUAAGACUGGAAGUGUGCCACAUUCAUUGAUGUUAUGGUCAUUCAACAGUAACAGAUGGUUUGUUUCUAAAACACAGGUCUUCGGUUUAAAUAACAAUCAUUAAUGAUUUAACUAGUUUUUCAGUAACCUCACAUGCAUACACAAAAUGGGAAGUGAAAGGAAAGAAAUUCCGUGGCCAGAUAGAGGCGGGCAACUUUCUGCAGAUAAGAAAGUGGUUUUUAACUUAUGCUGUCAGUGAUGAAUCUGGCAGAAUUAUCCUGUGUAGAGUUACUGGGAGAUGAAAAUAAGGCAUUGAAGCCACAAGUUAAGUGAGUAAUCCCAAAGCAAAUGUGGAGUAGCUGCAGUUGUGAUGAGUCUCCUGGCAGGAGAGCACUGCUUGUGCCCUGCAAAUGAGGGCAGGUUUAGCCUCAAGCCAACAAGCCUUUCACACAACUUCUGAAUGUGCACUGUGAAAGACAUAAGAAGUGAAACCAUAUAUGAUAAAGGACAAACUACUGAAGCUGCAUUGUCUUAUUCAACAGGAUACUACUGUGUCUGUAAGCUUCCUGCAGUGUUCUUACUAAAGCCUGGAAGUGAACUCAUUGUUGAGCAAAUGGGAAAAGUGGAUACAUGAAGAAACUUCUGACAUGGCAGUUCUGCUAACACUGCUUGGAAGUAAUGCUGAAGUAGUCAGACUUCAGUCAGUUAAUGCUGCUUUAACCAGUUCUAAACAUGUGACUGACUCCUCUGAUUUUGUGCGUUCUUAUUUUAUCUAUGCAUGAGUAGGCAACUCUUAAUUUGUUUUGUACUUUAACAGUUUACCUUUCUGCUUUAUUUCUACAACUGUGACCAACAUAUUACAAAGAAGUUGGGGAGUUUUUUGACAUGUUUGCUGACUUUGAUUUUCCCCCCACCCUUCGCCUACCCUUACCCAUCUCAAGAUGAAUGUAAUGUGAAAUGUAGUCACUGUUUCAGUUGGUUUAGCUUUUAUGUAAGGUGAUACCAUUUGUUCAAAUCACAUUCUUGACUGAUAACUUCAGUAAUUUGAGGUUCUGCCAUGAUAAAACUUCCUAAAUUUUAUAAAAUGCAUACAGAAAUGAAUGAAUUUUAUAAAAAUACAUGGCUUAGGUGCUAGAGGCAUCUACUCUAUAUCUGGUGUGAGACUUUGCUAUGUAGAUUUAUCUUUGUGAAUUUACGGGGGCCUGUGUCUACAUACUUACACCCAAAUCAGAUUAUUUAUUCUUACAGCACAGAAAAUUCUGUUGAACUGGAAAAUAAUGUUUGGUUCAGAGCAAUGUAUUGAAGUUACUGGUUGGGUUAUGAAGAAACAGGAAAAAGUGUUAAGUAGAAGAAAGGUCAAUUUACUUGAAUAACUUGGUGCCUUUCUGUAUUGUGACUGCAUUGUAGUAAACACCUGUACAAAGACUUAAGUGAAAUCCUGAUCAUUGCAUUCUUUCUAAUGGGAGCGUGGACUGAUAACAGUUCUUGUUAAAAUAUCUGUUUACUUCAAAUGUGUAAGCCUCAGUAGGAAAACAGUGACUCUUAUUAGUAAAGUCACUGCAUUUGCAUUGGAAGGGCAAGUUGAAAAUGUGAUUGUCUUAAGAGCUUUCUAGCUUUCUGUUUUAUACUUUGAAAAUACAAAUGUGAAUUGCCUUUCUUUUGUUUAGCUUGAAAUGGCUGUUAAAUGCUCAUGUCAUUCUAAGUUUUCACAUGUGAAAUUGUUUUUUUAAUUGCUAUCCAAAAUGCAAUGGGUUUAAUAUGACUAGAGUCUUCCUAUUAAGUGUCUGAAAUACUAAGUUGCUAUGGUGUUAGCAGUUACAUUGCUGAUCGAUUUAAUCUCUGCAUAGCUUGGUUAGAAACCUUAUUUUAAACUUUGUGAUGAUUGAGUUUACAAGGUUCACAAAAUUCUGGGUCUAGUAAGAAACAACACAUUGCAAGGCUUCUACAAGCCUGCCUUAACUCUAGUAAUUACUUACAUGUUUAAAAUCAUUUUACCUGAUGGAUUUAGAUAGUCUUGAGACCUGGACAUAACUGUCUCAACUCAGGUAACUGAUAGCAGAGGUUGAGAUAAAUUCAGCUGAUCAGUCGCCUGUUGUGUAACAGUUUACCUGCUGCCUUCUUCCCUCGGGCCUCAGGGUGAAAUGCUGAGUUUUCUUUAAAUGAACUUGGUUGCUUUAAAAACAGAAAAAAAUCCCAAGAUUACACUGUUAUGGCAUUAAAAAAGGCAGAGUUCUCAAAACUUGCUUGUUAUGCAUCGGAAGGUCAUUUUUUGCUAUGUCUUGGAAAAGGAUAGUUAGAAUUGCUUGGAGAAGAUGAUUAAAAAUCAUAACAAAGAGAGACUGAUUUCUCAGUAUUUACCUUAGGCUGUAAAUGGAGAGUGUUCUUUCAUUUCCUUGCUUUCGGAAAGAAGAGCUUUUCCCAUGCUGUGUUAGAAACAUGCCUCUUGCCCUUCUUUAAGGAUCUGAACAUCAAUCUCCAAUGUUCUUCAUGGGAGAGCCCUCUUAAAAGAAAGACUUCAGACUUGCAUCCUAAUGAAUCUGGAGAAAAAAAAAGGAUGUUUCUGCACAUAACUCUGACCCUUGACAGAUUUCAUUCCAUUGCUGCAGGAUUUGAAGAUAAGGAAGUUCUUCAGCCUCCUUAUGAAGGAAAGAAGUAAUAAAAGCCAUUUCAAGAUCUCUGAAAGCCUCCUCGUAACACUUGACUCCUUAAUAGACCUUAAGGAUAGUCAUGAGCAUUGGUUCUGUUUCAGGCUUUGUGAGCAUAAAAUUCUCAGUGUCAAGCUCAGAGAAAACUAUUGUCAUAACACCUGCCCCUUCCGUGCCUGAUGUUUUCUGUUGUUGGGCGGAUUUUGAGUAGGUAUUUAGCCACGUGGUGUAGUAGCUCUGUGCUGCCUGCCACUUUCAUACAGUUUUCUUCUGCUCACUCUUCAUUGCCCUGAAUUUUGUCUAAGAAGUUUAAAUCUCAUGUUGUCUUAGUACUUCAUUUUCUGUAAAUAAUGUAGUUGAUGGCUUUCAUUUUGUGACUGGCUUCUCUUAUGUCUUUAUUAUUGAGGGGAAGAGACAGGGUGGAAACAGUUGUAGUUCGAGUACGUUCUUCAUGGAAUAAAAAAAGCCUCAUUGUUUUAAGAAUAGCAGGAAUUUUUUGCCCCAAGUUGAAUGGGGGGAACUAAUGUCCAGUUCUAAGGAAUAGAUUGUUGGCGUUAUUUAUACUGUAGUUUCACAAGGACUGUCUAAUGUGUGUUUGUGCACAUAUAUGUACACAUACAAACACACUGUUAGAAGCCUUUAAUGUAAUUAUUUUUAAGUGUGGAUAAGAAAUGACAAUUUUGAACUACUGAAGCUGGAGUUAAAUGCAAAUGCAGUUUAAGUCUGUAGUCUUUGAGUCCACAACGGUGCUUUUGACAAUGUUAUCUCAUAUCUAAAAGCCUCAUUCAUAAGUAUAUAUAGUAAGAUGUAGGUAUGUUUAUAUGUAUGUUUAACAUAGUUUAUAUAAAAUAAAUGUAAAUUUUGUUUCUACAGACAAUAAAUGUUUUCACAAAAUUUUUACUUAUAAAUAA